GAGGAGGAGCUAAAGCUGUUUUAAAGUUGAGUCGCUGAUUCUUCAUGUGGCUGAAAGACGAGUGUUGGAAUUGAGAUAGACACUGUAAAGUUUGACAUGAUGUUCGUCCACUUUUGUAAAAGUUAAGUCUACUGGCCGUUUUCCUCCCUGACGAGUGCUGCUGUCAGACAAGACAGGAUAACGACAUAUUAACCAACAACUUAACGGCAUCGAGUCAACUUACCGAGGAGAGACGGGAAGCGAUUCAACAGUUUAAAGAUGAUCAAGAAGGGCCAGAAGCGUAAACACCUACCAGAGGAUGUGGAGGUUUCAGACCGGAGCAGCCCAAUCUGGGAGAGCCAGCGCCAGUUUGUGUUUUCAGUUUCACUGAGCAAGUAUCAGUGUGAGCUGAAGCUUCGUGAGCCCAGCCUGCGACGGUCCGUUCUGAUAUUCAACACACUGCGGCAGUCCAGCCUGGAGGCUUGUAGGGUGCCCUCUGUAGCCAUGGAGGUGUCACAACCACCUUGUAGCUCCUCGUCUGUACCACAGGAGAGUAUUUUCAUUGCAGCAAAACACCACUCUGCAGUGAUGUGUGCUAACAGCCACUCAGCUCUUGCUGGCUGCCCUCUGGUUUCUUUAAGUAACUUGUCAAAUUGUGCUGCAAGUAGGUCUCCAGCAAAUGAUCACUCAAGUACAUCAAAUGUCCCUCUGUUGAUAAAAGACGAAGAUGAAGACUGGGGAUCGAUGUCCAUGGAUUCUGAUUUCUCCCUUUCAGCUGCCAUCUCCUCCAUUCUCACUGCACUGGACUCUACCAUUGACGGGAGCCCGCAGGCAGCUCCAAGGACACCUCUCAGGUCUUUAGAGAACCUGUCGGGGCCCUCGGGGGGAGGUGAGGCAUGUGUCAAACAGGGAGUCAGAGGUUAUGGGGGAAGCUGGGAGCAGCAGGAUGAUUGGAGGGUGUGGGACAGCAGCAUGGAGGUGAUGGGGUCCAGCUACCUCAGUGAUCUCACUGUGGAGGAUCUGUUCCAGGAUAUAGACACAUCCCUGCUGGAGAGGGACAUGGGAAUGCUAGGACUCAGAGGUAGUGGAGGUGGAUACCCAACUGUGGAUGACCUUUUAAGGUAUUUGAUGUCUAAGACAGGAAAUACUCCAUAGGUGGGCUAGCAUAAGGAGUAGCUGUGAUGCAUCUGGCAGCUUUUGUGCAACAUGGAAGAUAUUCCCUGGAAAAAAGGGAGGUCAAGACCCAGUGAAUACUAUAUAGGCAGUAAGCCAGUCAAGGCUAUUUCUUAAUGUUUAAGCAAUGAGUCAGCACAUAAUGACCUGCUGAAAUGCAUUUUACUACAGUUUCCAGUGUGACUCAGCUAACCGUAACUUGGGAAGGGAGGUGUGUGAUUAGAAAACAAGAUUUAUUCAGCAAAUGAGAAGUGGCCAGCAGGUAAACACUGUUGGUGGCAAGCUCUGAGAGAAUGUGAUUUAGCUGGCGUUUGAAAAACAACAGUUGAAACACUAAUAUUAUAGGUCAAACUUCUGUGAAGAAAUCUUUUGACCUCAUAUUUAUCAAGAUGAGUCAGGAUUUCAAGUAGCCGUAGCAUUCAGGGAAAUGCUUUGCUAGUCAGAAUAAGAACUGUUAUUUUGCUUCGUUAAAAAAAAGGAAAAGAAAUUAAGUGUGUAUAAUUGUCAAAGGCUUUUAUUUUAUACCCAUCCAUCAUCAGUUAUAUUUCAGUAACCAGUAGUUCGGAGCACAGUAUAUUUAAAUUUCAUUAAUGUAUCCUGUAUCAGCUUCAAAGACAGUGACUCCUUCAAUAUUGCUCAGUGAAAAAAAUGCUUGAUGCUACUCAACCAGCUGACUGUUAAACCAUGUCCCAUUUUUGCGCCAAAAAGUGUGAAACUAAAAUAGUUUUAAAUGUUUUCUCUCUGACACGUGGUUCUACCUACACUGUCCAGCAACUCAAAAAAAAUGUAUAUAUUUGUGUUUAAACUGAAUUUUAUUCAAAGAGCCUUUACAGUACUAUGAUAAUAUACAACACAUCCUCAUGGCCACUGUUGGUCUGUUACAAUGGCUAAAGUCACAACCAUGACACAACAGCCUCAGUAGUACAGAUGUGAUAUUAUUGAUCAGUCCUGGUGUUAAGCCUCAUUCUGUGAGCCACAUUGGCUGAUGGGAGUCUGGAUGGUGCUGACCUAAACCCUGUGAACAGUUGUUCACAAAUCAGUAGGUCACUUUUUGCUUGUUAUAGUGGGGUCCACAUGUUUUGUCUGCAUCUGAAUUUUUUUGCACUUUUGUUAAUAAUAUACAUUUCUAAGUCAUGUGAGCAUGUGGUGUUCUGUUCUGUAUUUAUUAAGCAGUGGUAAUAUUACAGGUGAGAUUUGGCCAAAUUUUUCCGUUAAAACCCAUGAAGUGGAGUCUGAUUACAUGUUCUUGUAAUGUAUUGUCUAACAGAAAAACACAUAAGGAAAGGUGUGUUAACUGUAAUUUGACCUGUUAUAUUUGUGCAUCCAGCAUUUAACCCAACGCUGCUGAAAUGUGUGACAGGAGAAACGCAGAGAUGAAUUGAGGAAGCACAUGUUGCCUGUUUGUCAGGUUUUUGAACUUGCUUUCUAUGCAAAGGUCCUUUUGUGAAUAGCCAGGCUGCAGUCUAACUAUUUAUAAAUGGCAUGU